AUGAGGCCGCGACGCUCGAAGGUAGUCCCGGAGCCGCUCUUCUAUGUGGAAGGGACGACAACGGUGGUGGCUACGAAGACAGACUCGUUGCCGCCAGACGCAUCUGCCUCUGCGGCAGAGCCGUCUGCUUCGUCGGUGGCGCAGACGGUCUCAACAGCGCCUGUGGGGCACCUCCAAAACGGUGCGCAGCGUCCGGUUGUCCUCAACAAGGCCGCAUCGCCGAUACUGCCACCAGGCGCCACUGCCAUGGGCAGUGCGGUGAAGGCGUUUUCCCCAAACCUCAACGUGUACCAUACAAACACCAACGGUGUGACGCUCACCAUCUCCCCCCGAACCACUGUCCUCGUGGCCAAUCACGUCGCAAACACCGGCUCUGUGGUCAGGUUGGAGCAGGUGGACUACAGUAAAGCAAUGCGUGCGUACCGCGUGUGCCGGCAGGAGGGAGGCAUUGUAGCUGAGGAGUCGCCGCAAGGCAGGCAUACUUCCUCUGCCAUAUCGAUGGCACAGCUGCCGCGACCGACCUCGCCGCAAGGGACGUCGUCAAGCUACACGACGAGACCAAGCAGUCUCUCGGGGAUGACGAGCCUCAAGGGCCCCGCUAGUUUCCCCGCCUAUGAUUAUGAAGCGCCACUCGGUCACAAGCCGGCUCCGUGGCGCGUUGUGUUCCUGCGACUGUUCGGCGCUGCGGAUAUGGUCCUUUUCGCUGUCGUUGUGGCGUGCUUUUUGGUAGUGGUGUCACAACUACGUGUGGUGAAUCCCUACCGAACGGAUGUGCAGGGCAUAGCGUCGUCUUCGUCGUCCUUGUCGUGGUUGGUGGUGGCGCUGGCAGCGUUCUCUUCCGGACCUGCGGGGGUGAACGGAAUCGAGGCGCUGUCUGACUCGCCGCUCGCGUCUGCCGAAAGAAUGAGACAGGCAAUCACGGGAGGGUCACAGACGAUGUCACCACUGACAGCAGCAGUCGGGAUCCCAGCAUCUGACACUGACGGGGUGGUCUCCGGGUCCUAUGCCCAAGCUAAAGGCACCCCGGCCCUGGACACGAGUGUCACUUUCUUCCUGCUGCUCCUCUCUGUUUUCCUAUUGGUGAAGCGACUCAGCGGCGCGCUGAGUCGAGUGUAUGUGGAGGAGGUACUCGUGAUGCGCGGCGUGGGGAUGCAGUUCUCUGCCUAUGGCAUUUUUAACACGUUGAGGUACCGCCACUUUGUCGACCUCCUCAUGCUGCGCUCCCUCAUUAUCCACGACGCGUUCUUUCGGUAUCAGCCAAUAUUCUUCCUCUCCUCGUCCGUUGAGAACAAGGCAGAGCGGAUUGUGUACUUCCCUGAUACUCUGCCGCGGCUGGAGGUUCUGCGGCCCGUGUUGAACGGCAUUCGUGGGGUACUCUACGGGGAGCCAGAAGAGGGGCCAAGCCUGGCAGAGCUGGAGGACCAGUGGAAGUCAGCCGUUGAUUUUCCCGAUGGCGACUUCUUCAUGGAAGACAGCUUUGCCGAAGACACGGCGACGACGCCAGAUGAUGCGUGCUUCUCCGAAGCAACAGACCACGACGAGGACUGA